UAAAAUAAAAUAAAAAUACAACUCACGCUUAUAGGCUCACAGCGCCACUCGAGCCCUCACUCUUGCUUACGAGUCGCCGCCUUCCUCCGUCUCUCAUCGAACCUGGGCACGUUCAGCCCACGGCAUCUUCUCAUCUGGGCCGCCAUUUCUGCAAAUUCUUGUUCCGUACACUGCUUAAGGAUUCAACAAAAUGAAUUUAGCGGCGGCAUUAUGCAAUAGAUUGAGUUUAAAGCAGCUGGUUACAAAUACUCCUGUUUACAGCCGUGCCGCUGAUGUUUCUGGAGAAGGAUUGAGUUUGAUAUUCAGGCGCUGGGCUACCAAAAAAACUGCGGGAUCAACAAAGAACGGGCGAGAUUCAAAACCCAAGAAUCUUGGAGUGAAAAAAUUUGGUGGAGAGAGGGUGAUACCUGGAAAUAUCAUAGUUCGCCAGAGGGGCACUCGUUUCCAUCCUGGAAAUUAUGUAGGAAUCGGGAAGGAUCACACCCUCUAUGCUCUGAAAGAAGGCAACGUAAAAUUUGAACUACACAAGCUAAGCGGACGGAAAUGGGUGCACAUUGAGCCGAAGGAAGGUCAUGUUCUUCACCCUGUGUAUGCAGAUGGUGUGGCUCCUAAGCUUAAAGCAACAGCUUAAAGUCUCAUUGUCGGGGUUUAAUGCUUUUUUCUGUUAUUAAUUGCAUCUUGUAUUUUUAAUCGAUUUUGCCUAAUUUUUUAUGGAGAUCGGUAUCAAUUUAGUGAACAAGCCAGUAGGAUUUUUAUUGCUACAUAGUUUCGAGGAAGAUUGACUAAAAAUGUUCUCUUGAUUUCA